AUGGCGUGUGCCCGUGGUUGCCAUGGCAUCGCCGCCUUUUUGCUCGUCAGUCUGACCGUUGGGCUGCUGACCCUCGCAAAAAAUCUCAGCCAUCCGAAGAUGCCCAAAAGCGCAGGCCCACGCAGUGACAGACGACUGACUUCCAAGAGUGCAAUUGAAGCAGAGACAGUGCCCUCAACCAGCAAUCAUGUGAUGGCGCAGGAUCAGAGCGUUUCGACAAUGCACCGACGUUUGACUACAGUCGAAGUGAACACCCUUUAUUCAAACUAUGGUGCUUUCGCUGCAAAGAUGUCGGACGGCAGUGUCGUAACUUGGGGUGAUUCGUCCUAUGGUGGUGACUCAAGUUCUGUGACUAGCCAGCUGGAAGCAGGUGUUGAGUUGGUUUACUCAACUUGGUAUGCCUUUGCUGCAGUCAAGUCGGAUGGCAGUGUUGUGACUUGGGGGCAUUCGUCCUAUGGUGGUGACUCAAGUUCUGUGACUGCUGAGCUGGCGUCCGGUGUUGUGGAGAUCUAUUCUGGCAACGAAGUCUUCGCAGCCAAAAAGGCGGACGGCAGUGUGGUGACUUGGGGUGAGUCCUCCUAUGGUGGUGACUCAAGUUCUGUGACCAGCGAGCUGGCGUCAGGUGUUGAGAAGAUCUUCUCUAAUAGUUUUGCUUUCGCUGCAAUCAAGUCGGACGGCAGUGUCGUGACUUGGGGUUAUGCAUCCUAUGGCGGUGACUCAAGUUCCGUGACUAGCAAGCUGGCGUCAGGUGUUGUGGAGAUCCGUUCUACUGACGCCGCCUUCACAGCCAAAAAGUCGGACGGCAGUGUCGUGACUUGGGGUUAUUCAUCCCAUGGUGGUGACUCAAGUUCCGUGACAAGCCAGCUGACGUCCGGUGUUGUUGAGAUCUAUUCCGACACCUCUGCCUUUGCUGCAAUCAAGUCGGAUGGCAGCGUCGUAACAUGGGGUGAUUCGUCCCAUGGUGGUGACUCAAGUUCUGUGACUGCUGAGCUGGCAUCAGAUGUUGAGACGAUCUAUUCGGCUUGGUACGCCUUUGCUGCAGUCAAGUCGGAUGGCAGUGUUGUGACUUGGGGUGAUUCGUCCUAUGGUGGUGACUCAAGUUCUGUGACUAGCGAGCUGGCGUCGGGUGUUGCGGAGAUCCAUUCGACUAGGAACGCCUUUGCUGCAAGAAAAUCGGACGGCAGUGUCGUGACUUGGGGUCUCUCGGCCUUUGGUGGUGACUCAAGUUCAGUGAGCAGUGAACUCGGAUGGGGCGUUGUGGAGAUCUAUUCGACACUCUUUGCUUUUGCUGCAAUCAAGUCGGAUGGAGGUGUCAUUUCGUGGGGUUCUGCGGCCAACGGCGGCGAUUCCAGCGCAGUAGUAUGGGGCACUAUUACAACUUCGUCGGCAGCAUCCACCGAGACAACUACGGCCUCGACCACCACCACAUUCAGUAAGACAACUACAGCCUCAACCAGUUCGACGACCAGAACCACUUCCAGUCAGACAGCCACGACAUCGACCAGUUCAAGUGGCACUACUUCCAGUUCCACUGAGACAGCCACGACGUCGACCAGUUCAAGUGGCACUACUUCCAGUUCUACUGAGGCCAGGUUUUUUGCUUGGUUUGCCCUGCCAGGUUUGGCUUGGGCAACAUUUGCAAAACAAUGCAAAACACAUCGAAACUUGUGA